GAAGAAGAUGGCGGGAGAGUCAAUAUGUCUUCCAUCUUUAUGUAUGAUUCAUGGUGUUUUACGCUUAUUUCUGUGAAGUUAAAUCUAAUUCAGUUUGCCAGUAACUUAGUUUCACUAUGAAUAUUUGACAAAAUAUCAUAUAAACAUGAUUAAAUGGAACAAAACGAAGUUAGCUCUGUCGAACUUGGAAAGACUUCUGACUUGUACGAUAUGUAAGCGUUUGGUUCAGGAUCCAUGUACUUUAGAAGCCUGUGACCAUCACUUCUGCAGAAAUUGUGUAGAAGAGCUUGUGGGCAUUGAUAGUAAAUGCCCAGAAUGUGGAGCUUUUGCCUGGUCAAAAGACUUGAAGGUUAAUAGACGGUUAGCUGACAUUUUAUCACUGUGUAAAUUGAUACGGACUACUGUUGGAAAUAAUGAUGAUGUUGCUGAAACACCACCAAAGCAAGAAGCUUGUGGUGUUAAUGUCAUGCUUGGAACAGCUUCUAGAAACUUGGAAAAAACUGACAAAAUAGCUAAAGAUAAUGAUAUUGUAACAAGCAUUGAUGGUGAUAAAACUUUAUUAAAACAUAACUGGCAGCCUGUCGUCAGAAGUGAGGAAGGAAACAACAAUACUAAUAACAGCAGUGUUUGUGAAAGAGAAGAGUAUGAUGUACACUUGGAGUCUAGUUGCAGUUCACAAGAAUAUGAAAAUGAGGAUAUAAACAGUUCAAUAGAACUGUUUAGUACAAAUGAUUCAUUCUGCUCUGAACAGGAUGUUAAUCAGCCAGGAACCAAGUCAAAAUACUCCACAAAGACAUGUGGUAAGGAGUCAGACAUCGUGACAUGUACAAAAUAUGAUAAAGACAGGGGUGCUUCUUUUGUCAAUCACCAAAAUAUACUUAAAUCAAAAACUAACGCCUAUAUUAGAUCAGAUGUUGGAGACUUGCAGGUAAAAGGAAAAAAGAGAAAAAUGUCUGAAAGUGAAUUGGGAAUUGGUAAUAGAGAAAGCAAUUUAUCUUUACAAAAGCAAGUAUCGAUCGUGGAAAAUGGCACACCAGAAACAGAGAAAAGCAUUAUGUCACAAAGCGAUGUUAAAGGUGACUCUUCAUCUAACAAAAAAAGGAGCAGACUAGCCUUAACUCACAAAAACGUGUCCACUUCACCCUCUGCAAAAGCAAAUAUAUCAACCCCACAAAGUAAGAUCAGGAAAAAGCUCAACACAAGCCCUGCAAGUGUUAAGUCUAUAUUGGAAUUAUCCCCAGCACAUCUGACAAAAAGAAAUAAGCGUGGUGAAGGACUGCUUCAUAUUGCAGCAAUAAAGGGUUAUUAUGAGGAUGCAAAAUACUUACUAGAGAAAGGAGCAGAUCCAAAUGCUAGAGAUAAUGCUGGAUGGUCUCCUCUUCAUGAAUCAUGUAACCAUGGACAUGUUACUAUUGCUGAAUUACUGUUGGACAAUGGAGCUAUUGUUAAUCUACCUGGAGGACCUGAGCAUGAAACUCCUUUGCAUGAUGCUGUUGCUAAUGGUCAAUUGGAGGUUGCAAGGGUGUUGGUCAGGAGAGGUGCCUCUCUGCAUGCAAGGAACAAUCAAGGUCUUACUCCUAUUGAAUAUGCAUUUACUGACCCAAUGAAAAGGUUACUGGAGCAAGAAUCCUCUGUGCAGUGUCAAACAUUGACAAAUGACAAGGAAAACAUCUUGCUACAGACAAACCUGCCUCCAGCACACCAAUCAGCAAAAGUUCUUCUAUACACUGGGCUGAGCACAGAACAAAAGGAAAAACUAGAACUGUGUGCAAGCAUUCUCGGUGGAAAACUUGUGAAUGAAUUCUCAAUCGAUGUGACUCAUAUCAUAACAAGCACCUCCAAUUCAGGCCUAUGUCGUCGCACUAUAAAGUAUCUGUCUGGUAUCCUGUGUGGCAAAUGGAUCGUUUCAUUUGGGUGGAUUACGAAGUGUCUGUCGACCAAUAAAUGGGUAGAUGAAGCUCCUUAUGAAGUGAAGGGAACAAGUACUGCAAAAAGUGGCGUUCCACAUCAAGCAAGAGUCAAUCAUCUACAACAGCUCCCUGGGUUGUUUGAUGGUUGCCAGUUUUUCUUUUCUGGAACAUUUGAUCCCAAAACACCAAGUAAAGAAGAUCUUAUUAGUUUAGUGAAAUAUGGAGGAGGCAAAAUACUGACUCGUGAACCCAAGCAGGAGAUUGAUUACUCUCCCUUUAUUAUUCAAUCCAAGUAUAACAAAGACACCAUGCACUUGUCUACACUAUCUACUGUAGCAUACCAUGCACAACCAGACUCUACGCAAUAUAGAUGUACUAUAUACAUUAUUUAUGACCCACUGUCACAAAAUAAACAGGCAGUAAGAAAUGUUAGAGGGCCAUCUAUUGCACCUGUAGGCUGGCUGUUGGAUUGUAUCUCUAAAUUUGAGAUAAUAGAUAUUGAAAAGUUUUUACAAAGAUAAAACACUUUUAAAUUCACUGCUUUUGUUAAAAAUAUUCAAACAUGGGCAUCAGGACUUAAAGUAGGAACUAGAUUUUGUACACACUUGUAUAUAGUGCUGAUCUAAGUGUGAUCAUUGUGCUUCUAAAUCUCAAAACUGUACACAGUCAGGUGUAAAUAAAAAUAUUGUAAAAAAACCCUGAACAUUUGUAUAAUAAAGCAAAGAUUUUGUGUGUCAAAACAAUUCAAGGGAAUACCUUUGAUCAAUGUAAACAUUCAGGUACCAAAAAUAAAUCUGUCUAAAUCUA